UUCUACAGUAAGGCUACUGAAGUCAUACAAAAAGAUGUGGGCCUGUGACCACUUGGCAGCCUCAGAUGAAUGAACCCGGUGACACUGGACCCGCGACCACUGACGCGCGUGCAUGGGCGUCGCUGGCUCCCCUGAUGACGAGAGGAGGAGCUCACCGGAGCGCAGCGGCGGAACAGAUACACAAAUCCUGUCGGUACUGGUAACCUGUUCACCAUGUGGCACCGGCAGCGCGCGCUCAGGUGCCUCCGCAUCGCUCUGGUCUUGAUGGUGCUGCUGUUGCGACCCGGCCCCGGGCGCGUGGCGGAGCUCGCGGAGGCGGCAGAGUACUCCAGCAAAACCGACUUGGACUACGAGUUCGGAGACUACCGGGGCAAGUGGUGCAUCGACGACCACGGGUUCGUCUACGGUAUCGGAGAGCUUUAUUACCCGGGCCCCACGGCAUGUCCAUGCACGUGCACCGUGGACGGUCCCGUGUGCAUCCAGCCCAAGUGUCCACAUAUCCACCCCCGCUGUACGCGGAUCAGGUAUAAGGGAUGCUGUCCGGUGUGCGAGGCUAUGGCCAGGGUCUGUGUCUACGGGGGCAAAACGUACCGGCUCCUAGAGGAGUUCAGGUUGUCGAGGUGUGAGCGAUGUCGCUGCGAGGCCAACAGAGAGGUGUACUGCAGCAUUUCAAACUGCCCUGCCCCUCACUGUGUCAACCCCACCUACGAACCCAGCCACUGCUGCCCCAUCUGUAAGACUGGUCCCAACUGCUUUGCCGGGAACAGGGUGAUCCCAGCGGGGGAGCGUGUGAACAUUGACGAGUGGACAGUCUGCUACUGCACCUACCGGGAUGGUGCGUGGCACGCCCACCCCCACGCCACCUGCGAGCAGCGCGCCAAACCCAGCCCGACACCCAGCGCCCGCAGUGAUCCCCCCGCGGACGAGGACACCAGGGGGAGGCCGUAUAUUCCCAGACUGGAUGCAAUACCAUAAAGCUUGUGCAAUAAACGUCUCACUGAGGCAGAGCCGCUCUGCAGGUGCACACAAGUUCUAACUUUAUCUGUUAGUGUCAGCAGACACACUGGACUUCAAUAUACAGACAGGUGACAAAUGAAAGGAAAAACCUGAAUACCUUAGUGGUGUCCUACAGCACGACACUUACCCUGAAAAUGAUGUGAUGUGUUAACUUUGUUGGCCCUCACUAGGCCAGUUUCUCUAACCCCAAAAUGGAGCAGUGUGGCAUUAAGACAGCCUUUGUGAUCACAUAUCCUGUUAAUUGUUUGUGUCCUUUAUUAAGCAAAUAUGCAAAGAUCCCCUGUUUUGUAUUAUUGUAAAAAUAAUAUAUUGAGGUGUUGGACUCUGGGGCAAACUGCUUCUUGUUUUUUCUUAUUUUGUUCUAACAUUCUACUUAAUAAAUGAUCAUUAGAUUGGUAAUAGGCAUUAGCUGCAGCUCUCAGAUGCAUGAAGAGGAAUUAACUAUGAAGAUGGAUGAAUUGCCCCACAUCGAUGGGAACAUCAAUGUAACAGGCCACCUUUCUGUGGGUAAAUAUUAACUCAGUGUAUCGGAAGCUGUCAUUUCCUACUCAGUUUAUACUUUCAUACAGCUUUGUGACUUAAUCUAUCUGAAGUCCAGAAUGUACAGUAGGUGAUAUACAGUAAGUAACUGAGGGAAAACAAAUGUUGGGUGCAGGUAGUGGCCUGGUUUCUCUCCAAGGCCCUGCUGAUCUCCAUCUGCAAGCAGAGAAGCAGAAAAAAAGUCUGUGCUUCUGGUCUUGUGGUAGUAUUUAAAUGAAGUAAUGGAUACAACAUUAAAGUGCCAAGUCUUAUUUGAGUAGAAGGAACAGUGAGGGGGCCCUUUGAACACAUUUAGCCCCUUUCUGUUUUUGAGUCUUGUUGCUGAAUGGUUGAGCUUCUGGACAUGAAGUAUCCUCCAGGACACUGACAGGGAAGCGUAUGUCUAUAUCCUUUCUCCACUUGCUGUGCAGUCAUAAAGGGCUUUUUCUUCACCAUGCAAAUGAUUUUCUGCUCAUCCAUAAGACCUGUACUGAAGUGACAAACAACUGCAAAAUAAAGACUGAGCGCCAAAAGCAUCCAGUUACUUUUGCCCCUUGCAGUUUAGGGAGUGUGUUAAAAGAAAUAUACUGCAUCUCCCACACAGUUCUUUCUAUAGUGAUGUAAACCUACUCAAACUAAAGCGGACACUGGACACUUUAAUGUAGUAUCUGUUCUUUUAAUUCAAAGGGAGCAUUUGAAGCACAGAGCCUGAAGAACAAAAUGCCCUCAGUUCAAACAUCUGUCCAUGUGUCUGGCGUUUAGGAGCUCCUGUCUUGGCUCUCCUCCUCUUCAUGUGGGAAUUUAAAUCACGUUCACUAUUUUGUUGUGCCUGCACAAUGACAGCUAGCUUCUUGAAAUGCCAGAGUAUUUACUCUCUUUGUUUUUUCUUACUGUAGUGCAAAUGCUUUAACAUGUUGCCUGUUGUAUAUCUUCAUCUGUAAGUAGGUCCAG